UAUGUCACGAGUCUAGGCAGGCGGGCACGCGAGCUGUUUAGGAUUGCGGGAUGUUGGGAUGCCGGCGCGAGGCUCCUGCCGUUGACUCAAGUCGGAGGAAGCCAGGAGAGAGAGUGUCGGAGCUGGCCAGAAAGCUCUCGCUUGUGCCAUGGACUCCACAACCACAGAGGUGGAGGAGACCAGGACUGCGAGGACCUACUUGUUCUCCAUCAAGGGCAUAGUGAAGAUUAUGCGGCUGAUUUUGACUGUAACAUCCCUUACCUUAUUUAUUAUUGCUCAAGCCCCUGAAACAUACAUCGUUGUCACAUCUUUGGAGGCUAUAACUGGGCUUUUUUUCCUAACAUUGUAUGUACUAAGACUUGACCUACUGUGGAAAUGUUUGUUCUGGCCUUUGCUCGAUAUUUUAAACUCAGUUGUGGGCAUAGUGUUCCUUCUUGUUGUGUCCGUUUUGGCAAUGGUACCAGAAACUCAAGUACUGACUGCUGUCGGAGGGAUCAUUGGAAUUGUGGCAACUAUAUUUACCAUUGCAGAUACUGCCCUCAUUUAUAGAAAACUUAUGUUUAAUCCAAGUGGUGCAUAUGAGAAGAAGCAAAGUCAUGACAAAAAACAUCGCUUGCGUCGCUCACAUCACUCUCGCCACUCUCACCACUCUCACCACUCCCAUCAUAGUUAUCAUGCUCGUUUCCCUCAGGAAACAAAUGAAGUUUGAUCAUUUUGUUUAUUCUAAGUUCAAAUAUAUUUCUAUAAUCUUU